AUGUCUGUUGAUCAGUACGGAAGGAGAACAUGGAACGUUGAAGAUUAUCAGAACAAGAAAAAAGUACACAAGGAGCAGCCGCAGAGUCAGAAAAUUACCAAUAAAUCAUCUAAUCAGAUCGUUUAUAAGAAUAAGCUCCUUAAACAGUCCCAUAGUAAAGAUGGUUUCAGUUGUAAAGUAUGUAACUGGACCUUUAAGGAUACAUUGUCAUUGAUAAAUCAUAUGAAUAGCAUAGAGCAUCUUCUGAAAUUCACUAAAUUUGACGAUGAAGAAUCUGAAAUGCUAGAUGGGGUCCGAAGAGCUACCGUAGAGGAGGUGGAAAGAACAAUGAAAGGUUUACUAAACAGAGAUGAGAAAGACCUUAAACUGAGGAUCGAAAGGAGAAAGGCAAUCGAGAGUAAAAGGCAAAAGAAGCAAUAG